CUUGUGACUUUUUGGCGCGCACCACGCACCAAUUUUUCAACACAACAGUAUGAGUCUUCUUAGCUUUCUUAGCCUAAUAAGUUUUACAUCAUCUGUCGUGCUACGCCCGUCACGUGCUGUGUCUGUUCAUUUUUAUUUAUUAAUUAAUGACAGUGCUCGUGUGAUAAACUCAUCAUGGAUGAUAGAGAGUGAAAUUUUCAGGAUGAUUAUCACAAGUUGAUUGAAAGUAAUACAUCAAUAAAACUACAAAAGAACCCGUGGCCGGCGACGCGCUUCUACUACUUUCAUUCAAAGAAGAGACCAAUUCACAUUGAGUAAAAGGAUGAGGUGUUACGUUUCCAAUUAGAGAAAAAGACGUUUAGUUGUUGGUUAGGCUAAUCGAUCCUACAUUUUACACGUUGUAUUCUGUCCAUUUUUUUUGCACGUUGGUCGUAACAAAUAAAAAAGCAGAAAGAAAAAACACUUGAGUGGUUUACGUCGUAAAUGUAAUUUAAAUAAGUUUUUCAAGAUAUCUGUGAUUCAUAAUAGAAUUGAUGGAAGAUGUUGGCGAAUUUCAUAAAGUACUGUAAGGAUCCACAUCUUGUUGCCAAAAUUCAACAGUUUUUUGGAGUGGAUAUUCAUUAUGAUUGUGUAAAGAAAAGUGAUAAAAAUGGUUUAUUAAAUGGUUGUGCAGUGCAAGAAAAUGAUAAAAAUAAGAAGAGAAAUAAUGCCUCAUUACAGUCACAACAAAAGGGUACAAUGAACACAGAUUACAUAAAGCCUUACACAGUAACGAAUCACUUUUGGUACUACUUGUUCCUGUUUGGUACAGAAUUAGGAGAUGAAUCAUUCUACGCUACGGCCAUUCCAUUCUGGUUUUGGAAUAUCGAUGGAGCUGUUGGUCGUAGAAUUGUUCUGGUUUGGGCUACUGUCAUGGCUGUAGGACAAACUUUGAAGGAUAUUAUUUGUUGGCCUAGACCUUCUUGUCCUCCUGCAAUUAGAUUUCAAAGCAAGUGGGAACUAGAGUACGGAAUGCCAUCCACCCAUGCAAUGAUUGCAGUUGCCAUGCCUUUCAGUACUGUUUUGUUUACUAUGAAUAGAUAUAUUUAUUCUUUUCCUACUGGCUGUGUUGCAGCAGUUAUAUGGUGUACAUUGAUUUGCAUAAGCAGAGUUUACUUAGGUAUGCAUACAGUGUUAGAUAUAAUUGCUGGUCUAGUUCUAGCAAUUGUCAUGAUGAUUCCACUGGUUCCUUUAGUUGAUGCAAUGGACUAUUAUUUCGUUACAAAUAGCUGGGCUCUAUUAUUGUUAGUAAUUAUCAGUUUAGCAAUGAUAAUUUAUUACCCACGCAGUAAAAAAUGGACACCAACAAGAGGAGAUACAGCUCUUGUUGUUUCUGUCACUGUUGGAGUUCACGUAGGUGUUUGGCUGCAUUAUAAGACUGGGGCUUUGAUAAAGCCGUUAUUACCUCCUCCAUAUCACGUUAUUUGGCCAUCUUACUCAAUAUUAGGCUUAGUAAUUUUACGAACAAUUCUUGGAUAUUGUUGUAUAUUAGGAACAAAAGCUGUUGGCAAAAGUCUUAGCUAUGCCACUAUGUGUGGCAUAUUACAAGUCAACUCAAAAGAACUCAUACAAAGUCAGGAUUCUUUAGACAAUAAAAACAAAAUACUAGUCGACCUAAUCUACAAAUACAUUACAUACUUCACAAUAGGUUUUAACAUAACAUAUCUACUGCCAAAUGUUUUUACAGUGUUAGGUAUUGAACGACCUACUUUUUACACAGAACUUUAAUUUUUAAAUAUACUGU